AUGCAGAGUGUCAAUCAAGUUCUCAUAAUGAUGUUCAUGGUUGUCGGAUUUAUAACCGGAAAGUCAAAAUUUCCGGACCCGCCGAUAUUCGCGGCACCAGUCACCUAUCCAAGCAUUUGCUAUUUACCACCGGAUUCAGCACUCUGUGACAAUUCAGCCACAUCUUCCGAAAUGGAAUUGCUUACUCGCUUCUAUUUUGAUGUUACUACAGAAGACUGUUAUCCGUUUGCAGUUCAGAAAUGUGGCGGAAAUCAAAAUCAAUUCAUAACACGGAAACAAUGCCUAGAUUUCUGCAAAUCGUCUAAUUCAUAA